AGAAAAAAUAAAUAAUUAACCCAAACAAAAAUCAUCAUCCCUUUGGAGCAAGAGUAGCUUCUUGACAAUGCCGAAGUAGAAGAAGCCAAGCCAGUGGCACCAAUGAAGCCAUUCCACUUCCAUCUCCGCCGCCACUUCAGCACAAAAUACACCGCCAAGAUCACCUCCACCUCCCCAACCGGCCGUUCUCUAGCGGCGGAAGUAACCCCACCACCUCCACUCCCCUCCGACAUUCGAGGCUACACUCUCCCCCGCCGCGACCUCGUCUGCAAAGCCACCCAAAUCCUCCUCUCCAACACCACCCACACCACCACCACCGCCAAACUCUCCCUCACCGACCCUUUCUCCGACCUCUCCGACUACCUCCACUCCCUCUCCCUCACCCUCACCCCUCUCGAAGCCUCCGAGAUUCUCAAAGCCCUCAAAAACCCUUCCCUCGCUCUCAAAUUCUUCCACUUCUGCCCCUCCCUUUCCCCCAAUUUCCGCCAUGAAUCCUUCACCUACAACCGCCUCUUCCUCAUCCUCUCCAAGUCCUCCUCCCCGCUCCGCCUUGACCAGGCUCGCGACCUCCUCAAUGACAUGGAGCGCCGCGGCGUGCGUGGCUCCAUCUCCACCGUGAACAUUCUCAUUGGGUUCUUCGGUGAUAUAGAGCGUUGUGUUGGGUUGGUCAAGAAAUGGGACCUUAGCCUCAAUGCUUACACCUACAAGUGCUUGCUUCAGGCACAUUUGAGGUCCCUUGAUUCAUCCAAAGCUUUUCAGGUGUAUUUGGAUAUGCAGCGGCGCGGUUAUAGGCUCGAUAUUUUCGGUUACAACAUGCUUUUGGAUGCUCUGGCCAAGGAUGAAAAGGUGGAUAAAGCAUAUAAAGUUUUUGAGGACAUGAAGCGGAGGCAUUGCGAGCCUGAUGUGUUCACUUACACCAUUAUGAUCAGAAUGACUGGGAAAUACGGCAAAACUAACGAGUCACUGGCACUUUUUGAAGUGAUGUUAGAAAAGGGCUGCAAUCUGAAUGUGAUUGCUUAUAAUACUAUGAUUGAGGCACUGGCUAAGGGCCGUAUGGUUGAUAAGGCCAUCCUGCUCUUCAAAAAAAUGGUGGAGAAUGAUUGUCAGCCUAAUGAAUUUACGUACACUGUGCUUUUGCAUGUUCUGGUUGCUGAAGGGCAACUUAAUAAGCUUGACAGUAUUGUGGAGUUAUCAAAGAAAUAUAUAAAUAAGCAGAUAUAUGCAUAUCUUGUGAGGACUCUAAGCAAAUUGGGUCAUGCUUCUGAAGCACAUAGACUAUUUUGCAACAUGUGGAACUUUCAUGACAAGGGUGAUAAAUAUGCUUACAUGUCCAUGUUAGAGAGUUUAUGCAGUGCUGGGAAAAUGACAGAGGCCAUAGAUCUUCUGGAUAAAAUUCAUGAAAAAGGUAUAACCACUGAUACUAUCAUGUAUAAUACAGUAUUCACAGCUCUCGGAAGGUUGAAGCAAAUAUCACAUAUUCAUGAUCUUUAUGAAAAGAUGAAAAGAGAUGGCCCUGCACCAGAUAUAUUUACAUACAAUAUUCUGAUCUCCAGCUUUGGCAGGGCUGGAAGAGUUGACAGUGCUGUUAAGAUUUUUGAAGAACUAGAGAACAGCAAGUGUGAGCCUGAUGUUAUUUCCUAUAACUGUUUGAUCAAUUGCCUAGGAAAGAAUGGGGAUGUUGAUGAAGCUCACAUGAGAUUUAAAGAGAUGCAAGAGAAAGGAUUAAAUCCAGAUGUUGUAACCUACAGUACACUUAUUGAGUGCUUUGGCAAGACGGAUAAAGUUGAGAUGGCAUGCAGGUUGUUCGACGAAAUGCUUGCUGAAGAAUGCUCUCCUAACUUGGUCACAUAUAAUAUUUUACUAGAUUGUCUUGAAAGGUCUGGAAGAACUGCUGAGGCAGUGGACCUUUAUGCAAAACUCAAGCAGCAAGGAUUGACACCCGAUUCAAUUACAUAUGCUGUGCUUGAACGAUUGCAAAGUGGUGGGCAUGGUAAAUUGAGAGUUCGAAGGCAGAACCCAAUUACUGGAUGGGUUGUUAGCCCUUUACGAUGAUGUAGUAGACAAAAUGUUCAGUAUACAUCCAUAUCAGGCAGAAAUUUUGUGAUUCUUCUUUCUCAGGGUUCUUUGUCUAAGGCUCUAAGCUAUAGCUGUGUAGCUGAGGUAAAGAACCUUACAUGAUUAUUGCAGUGUGAUGAACUUGGUUGCAAUCAAACGCCAGCAAGUGCAGUGACUAUACACAUGUUCCAGAAAUGGCUUGCUGUUGGUUGGUAAUGUACUCAAGUUUUUUUGCAAAGGAAUUUGUAACUUUGGAAUUCAAUGAAGAAGGUAUGUUUACUUUCUGUUAUGGAUCUGAUAGAUUCUGAUAACUUAAUUCGUGAAAGGGUCUGAGCAAGCUUGUAGUGGAUAAAUAAUCUUUGGCAUGGGUUGCCCAUUCUCUGCCCUUGCAAAGAUAAUCAAAAUCAUGGCCUCAUGGGGAAAGGACUAGCCAUUAUUUACUCUUUAUAUAGAAUUCUGCUUUCUUACAUGAAUUGUAAUAUAGGGGAAAUCUAGAAGGGGAAAAUUGCCUAUUAUUUUCAUUGGUUUUAUACUGGACAUUUCCAGGCUUCUAAAGUUAAUAACUCAGUUUUUGAGGAUGGCGUUGUAAGAUGUAAAGCAACAGAUGAUAUAUUCCACCAUUUACAGAGUGCUGUUUCAUUUUCUGCUA